AGGCAGCGUGACUCACUAGAAUAGCGGUUCAGUUCACACACACACCCACACACACACCAACCGGAGUCAUCUUUCGAUCAAGUAGCAUAGCCUAAACAUAAUCUGAAGAGGUAGAAUUAAUUGUUCUAAACCAAAAAGAGACGGGAUAACGAGGAAGCUCCCGUUCAAUUACGUCAAAGAGAUUAGACUAUUCUGAUAACCUGCAGGUAGGCUGCUACGCGUGAUUGGUGGUAGGGCUACUGUAUUGGCGGCGCAGCGGGUUGUACGGAUUGGCUGAGCGAUGCAAGGUAGAAUUGGGCGACACUCAGGAAGAAACUCUGUGAUAUCAGUCCGACUUCAGUCGGCACUAGACGGGGGGACGGUAUUGCCUCACUGAGUCAGCACAAGGAGGUGAAAAACGGUGUCUCUAAUCUAAUCACUUCGGUCUUCCCUGGCGGCGACAUGGCGAGGGAGAACGGAGAGUCGGGCGGGGAUGGAUCUUGGAAGAAGAAUGUCGACGAUAUCAAGCAUGUAUUCGAGUUCAAAGAAGUCCUUGGAACUGGUGCGUUCUCUGAGGUGAUCAUGGCCAGGGAGAAGGCCACAGGGAAGAUGGUUGCAGUGAAGUGCAUCCCUAAGAAAGCACUGAAGGGAAAAGAGACCAGCAUUGAGAAUGAAAUCGCCGUGCUUAGGAAGAUAAAACAUGAGAACAUUGUGGCUUUGGAGGACAUCUAUGAGAGCUCCAACCACCUAUACCUCAUCAUGCAGUUGGUGUCUGGUGGUGAGUUGUUUGACCGCAUCGUAGAGAAGGGUUUCUACACAGAGAUGGACGCCAGCAGACUCAUUAAACAGGUGCUUGACGCUGUCAACUACCUCCACGACAUGGGCAUCGUACACAGGGACCUCAAGCCAGAGAACCUGCUUUACUACAACCCCCAUGACGAGGCCAAGAUCAUGAUCAGUGACUUUGGUCUGUCUAAGAUGGAGGGGACAGGAGACGUGAUGGCCACUGCCUGUGGGACGCCAGGAUAUGUGGCCCCAGAGGUUCUGGCUCAGAAGCCCUACAGCAAGGCAGUGGACUGCUGGUCUAUCGGAGUCAUCGCCUACAUUCUGUUGUGUGGUUACCCUCCAUUCUAUGACGAGAAUGACUCUAAGUUGUUUGAGCAGAUACUCAAGGCAGACUAUGAGUUUGAUGCACCCUAUUGGGAUGAUAUAUCGGAUUCAGCCAAAGAGUUCAUCAGCUCUCUGAUGGAGAAGGAUCCACAGAAGAGAUUCACCUGUGACCAGGCUCUAGCCCACCCCUGGAUUGCUGGGGACACGGCUCUCUGCAAGAACAUCCAUGAAUCAGUCAGUCGGCAGAUGAGGAAAAAUUUUGCCAAAAGCAAAUGGAGGCAAGCGUUUAACGCCACGGCAGUGAUUCGUCAUAUGAGGCGCUUGCAGCUGGGCAGUAGUCUGAACAGCAGCUUUGGCAGCAGUAUGAGCUUUGACCAACAGGGACCGAACUCUAUGCUGGCCAAGAGCAUGUCUGUAGACUGUGCCACCCUCUCACGCAAAGAUGGUCCUCCACAACCUCUGCCCACUCUGCCUCUCUCCACUGCAGCCUGCAGUGCCCCUGCCAGCAUCAGAGGGGAACCACAGGCAGAACUACAGGUUGUGGCUACAGCUGCAGCGGUGGAGCCACUCCGUCCACGCCCCUCCACAGUCACUACCAUCCACAUGGGGACUAAAUGACGUCAGGUUCCGCGGGAGGUCAGUUGGGAGACCACAGAGCUUUGAGUUGGUAUUCUAAUUCAGCCCCUCAGAAUUCCAGAAUUUCUCUCCUAGUCUGCCCAUCCCGCCCAUUAUCAGCUGUUGGGAUUGAGGACUUGAGGACCCCUUCUAUUUACCAUGGCUCAGCACUUACUGCGUUCUCAGGGCAGCACUCUGUCUGUACCCAACCACAGUAAGUGUAUUCAGAGAUGUGAAAUAUAAUGAAGAGAGCUCACAGGAUUUCCUAUUCUAUCAAACAGACAAUCAUAUCUGUUCUACAUGAUACAUGCCUAUUUGAACAUUCUACUUCCUAACGGACCACAGGUCUGGUGGUGAAGAGAUGAGGAAGAAUACUGUCUCUCUCUCUCUCUCUGUCUACUGACCAGAGGGUUUAGUUUCCCAGUGUUUAAAUUGGGUUGGUGCACUCGGUACGGAUUGCAACACAAAAUGUUCACCUCUUAUAGAAUGUUCACUCUAAAAUAUGAACACGGACAUUGAAAAUAUUGUACUGUAAAAUGAAAAUGAGCCUGGCUCCUGAAAUGAAUACCGGCAUCUUUGUCAUUCCACUUCAAACACUGCCGUGUUGUAAGACUGUCCUCCAGAAGACAAGAAGACCUGUUUUGUAUGGGACAUUGGUGGUGUUAUGAGGCCACACUAUGCUAGGUUGAAGAUGGAGAAGGUUAAGACAACGUAAUAAUUCUGUGCAGAUGCGUUCGAAUAUAAACAAAUUCAUUGGACCAGCGCUGGAGCGAAAAUGACUGGAAGUGAAUGUUAGCAAUACAGAAAGUUUGCCAUCAAAGUGGAAAAUAAACACAAUCGUAGAGAAUUUCUGUUAACUACUCAGCCAACAAAUAACUUAACUGUUUUACUGUCAUUCUAUUCGUUUAAACGUUUUUUUUUCAAAUGAGCUACAGACACUUUACUACUUGUUUCCCAACCGCUGGUCACGUUUUCAAUGCUUAUCUCCUGUAAAAUCAGAAACAGCGCUGGUCCAAUGAAUGUGUUUCUUUUCAAAUGCUGCCGCAUGGAAUUAUUACGUUUUCUUCUCCUUAUGGGAACUCACCAUGUUUUUAUUAGUCUUUGUUAUUGAGACUGCUGUAAUUCUGAGACUGUGAGUGUCAGGGGCAUCACGCCCUCUAUGCCUUGUGUUCAAAAUUGCACCCUGAAACCAUUGUGAGGAGUUACUUUUAUGAAACUGAAACAGCAUUCAAGGCUAAAAUAGUGAUGACUUCUUAUCCUAAUUUCUAGUUUUAAUUUUUAGCUGCAGUUAAGGUUGAGUAAAAUCACUGGUUCAUUAUUCCCAACUGUAGGGCAUAGCGGUUAUAUAUAUAUAUUUGCUUUAUGUUUUCUGGAUAUAUAAUGUCAGAGAAACACAUCUAUCUGCAGAAUCAUACACACACCUGCUUUACUAGUGUGAGACAACUGGCAAGAGCAGUUUUGACGGCCGGUUGUGACGGUAAUGCCGGUUGUGACAGUUAUGCAUUCAUCGUACACUUUUCCUGAUUGAAAGGUAUUGAAUGAUUUAUUUUCUUAUUCUGACUCUUGUAAGAACUUUACUUACAGGGGGAAAAUUUGUAAAUGUGUCACAAGACUUUUACGUUGUAAUGUAUAAACGGUCAAAUAUUUUGUCAGUAGAAGGUUCAAAUGUAUAGUUGUUACUUAUGAAUAAUUGCGAUGUAACUGUGAUGCCAUCAUUAGCAUAAAGAUAGCAUAGCUUUGUGACCUGUUCUCAGGGAGAUACUUUGACAAUUUGAUGAAAUGAAAUCCCAGUUAUGAUGCUGAGGUUGACGUUUAUGAUGAUGAUGCAUGUAUUGACUAAAGCAAGCUUUGCAUAUUCUUACGUGUCCCGUCAGGACAGUUCAGCUCAUAAUUAAAACAAUUUGGUGGGGAUGAACCUUACGUGGAAUGGACAGUUUGACAUAUCCCAUUUUGGGGGCAUUGUUUUUUUUUAAAUAAUCAUUGGGAUGAGACUGAAAUGAUGCGUAUUAUAACAAUGACCGCUGCAAUAGAGUUCAAUUUAAACACAUAUGACAAACUAAGAAAUAAAGAUUGAAGUCAUUUGAUAAUCAGUGCUCCAUUGCAGAAUAAUUUUGUAGGAGCCUGUGUAGUAUAGCCAACUUUAGUUACCUGUGCUGCUUUGCUUCUUCCCCCCCAGGCGCUGGCUGUUCCCAGAAGUGCUCACACACUGUUUGGUCAGUGUACUUUCAUACCCGUCCUUUGAAUUUAGCAGCCAGUUGCUGUCUCUCUCGCUGUCCUCACUCUCUGUCUUCACUCCUCUCUCCCAAAACGAACGGUCUUCACCCUGCAAGGAGGAGGGAAAUCUGUCUAGCAAGCGUUUUUACCUGUGAUACCACUGCUUAAUAUUUCACUGUUCGACAUGUAUGGAACCAGGGUAGAUUUCAUUUCAUUCAGUUUACUUUCUGAAUGGACUUUAUUUCAAAUGGUAUUGACCCCCAACCCUGGAUGCAACUUAAAAGCUUGAAAUUAGUAUGUUUUGAUGUUGAGCACAAUUGUAGAUCUCAAUGUGCAAUGUUGAUGUAAAAGGACUUGAAAAACUACUUCUCAGGGGCAGUAAACUAUGAGUAUAGAUAUAUGUUCAUGAAGAUGUAGAUCCUCUUGUCCUUUUGUAGAUAUACAUCUCAGUAACCAUAUUUGCUUGGAUUGCAGUGUUUAUUGAUUUUCUACGUUACAAAUACUGUAUGUUCUUUUCAAAAACAGCAUGAUACAAAGCACGAAAUAUAAAGCUUUUACAAACAUG